AUGGCCGUGGCCACCGUGGUCCACCCGGGCUAUGUCACCGUCCCCGGGGCCACCACCUACGCCCACGACCUGAUGCUGCUGCGCGUGGAACCCCCCUUCAUCCCCACCCGCUACGUCCAACCCCUGGGCCUGCCCAGGAGCCCCCCGGCCACAGGGGCCACCUGCACCGUCAUGGGGUGGGGCACCACCACCAGCCCCCACGAGUCCUUCCCCGACACCCCCCAGUGCGUGAACGUCACUGUGGUGGGGGACAGCGAGUGCCGCUCGGCCUACGGCAGCAAGGUCACCGAGGACAUGCUGUGUGCGGGCGUGGCUGGGGGGGGCAAGGACUCCUGCCAGGGUGACUCGGGGGGUCCCCUCAUCUGUGACGGGGUCCUGCAAGGCAUCGUCUCCUGGGGCGACCACCCAUGUGGGCAGGCGGGGAAGCCCGGGGUCUACAGCCAGGUCUACAACUACCUGUCCUGGAUCCAGGAGACCAUAGGGGAGGGCUGA